GUGGUCUUGGAACAGUCAUAUGACUGUUUUAUUUUGAUUUUGGGUAUUUAAUUCUUCGGAUGAGAAACAGGUUAGGCUAGCUACAUAAUUUACAUUACAUUAAAGCAACUUAUUAUGGUGUUCCGCGGUGAAUAUACAGCACUUACGGUCGUGUACAGUAGGCUACAGUACACCCAGCUACGUAUACGCAGUUAUUCAAAUUGCAACUAACGUAUCUAGCUAACGUUAUCCGCACUUUAGGCUACUUAGAAGUCGGGACAAGGGUUUUACAGUUUUCAUAAAAAUGGUAUUCUAAACCAGAGCACCCGUUUCUGUGCAAGUUGGCCUAUGUAUAACAUUAUGUAUUAUUACUGUACAUUUAUGUUUGUCGCGGCGAAUCUUCUGAAAUGCGGGAAUUCCCAGGCAACGUUACCAAAUUUCAUUCUCAUAUUCGCCGAUGAUUUGGGAUUUGGAGACUUGGGUAGCUACGGGCAUCCGAGUUCAGUGACUCCCAACCUGGAUAAACUAGCUUCCAAAGGGCUUCGUUUCACCGACUUCUAUUCCUCCAGUCCCGUCUGUAGUCCAUCCAGGGCAGCCCUGCUCACUGGUCGCUACCAGACGCGCUCUGGAAUAUACCCCGGUGUGUUCUAUCCGGGCUCAAAAGGAGGUCUCCCACUGAACGAGACAACCAUUGCGGAGGUUCUGAAGCCUCUGGGCUAUGCAACUGCCAUCAUCGGCAAGUGGCACUUGGGGGUGGGGCCUAAUAGAAUGUACCUCCCCACCAAGCAGGGUUUUGACCACUAUCUUGGCGUGCCCUACUCCCAUGACCAGGGUCCCUGUCAAAACCUGACCUGCUUUCCCCCGGACAUUAAGUGCUUUGGGCUGUGCGACCAGGGCUUGGUUGCAGUCCCGCUUAUGGCCAAUGACACCAUUAAGCAGCAGCCAAUCAACUUCCUGGAUCUGGAGAAGGCUUACAGUGACUAUGCCACCCAGUUCGUAUCCGUGUCCGCCAGAAGAAAGCAGCCAUUCUUCCUGUACUAUCCCUCACACCACACACACCGGCCCCAGUUUGCAGGGAAGGGGGCGGCUGGAAAAUCUCCCAGGGGGCCGUUUGGGGACGCCCUGAUGGAACUAGACAGCACUGUGGGAAACCUCAUUCAGGCCCUGGAGGACCACGGCGUUCAGAACAACACCUUUGUGUUCUUCACCUCAGACAAUGGGCCGUCUUUACUGCGAAUGUCCAACGGGGGUAACGGGGGCCUCCUUAAGUGCGGGAAGGGCACCACUUACGAGGGGGGCAUGAGGGAGCCUGCCAUCGCCUACUGGCCCGGGGCAAUCAGACCAGGUGUUACACAUGCACUCGCCAGCACCCUGGACCUCCUGCCCACCAUUGCAGGGCUGGCCGGGGCAAAGCUACCCAGAGUGCAACUGGACGGCUUUGACAUGAGCGACAUCUUAUUCAGACACGGACCAAGUAAGAGGGAAGCCAUGUUCUACUACCCAAUGUUCCCAGAUGAGGAGCAUGGGCUGUUUGCGGUCCGGCUUGGGAGAUACAAGGCUCACUACUACACACAAGGCUCAGUACUGAGUAACACCACCCCAGAUAAGGACUGUCACGAGACCGCCCCCCUCAUGCACCACGACCCCCCGCUGCUGUUCGACCUGGAGGCCGACCCCUCGGAGGACUACAACCUGGCCACGCCCGAACACCCCGAGCACCAGGCCGUGCUGCAGCUGCUCCGGGACGCGAAGGCCGAGUUCGAGGGGGGCAUGGUGUUCGGGGAGGCCCAGGUGGGGAGAGGGACCGACCCGCAGCUGGAGCCCUGCUGCACACCGCAGUGCACCCCCAAACCCGCCUGCUGCGCCUGCGGCUAGAAUAACACGGGGCAGGUACCGAGACCAGAACCGAGCAGAACCGAGCGGCACGAGACACAGCUGAGACCAGAACCGAGCAGCAAGACACACAGCUGAGACCAGAACCGAGCAGCACGAUACACAACCACAGAAUGGGACUGAGAGACUGUGGACCCUCUUAAUCAGCUACAAAAACUAGCCCACGCUCACUUCAGCUUCUCACUGGUGCUCCUGAACUGAGCACGUCCUGUCUCACAGGGACUGACCCACACCAACCGCAAAGACAAAGGAGAUGCAAAUCCUGUAUCCAGCAGUGUUGGAGAACUAAAAUCCCAAGGUUGUCCGUAUAAUAUCUUGAGUUAACAAUGAUUGCCAAAUCAGCUGUAAGUGGAGAAUGAGAGCAGUUCGCUAUUUUUUUAAAAACAAGUAAAGUAAAGCCAAAAAUGUGAAUUUCUUGCACCAUUUCAAAGCCUUAAUGUCACAAUAUUUCAUGGGAAAAUUAUAAUAUUAGAAAAUUAAUGGGGAUGCUGUGACACUUUUGAUUCAGUAACCGUGCUGGAACUUUCAGUGACACACACAUAACCUUAACAUUUAAAACAAUUUAAAACAAUAGUGGGUCAUUUUAAUAACCCUGUUUGUUUGACUGAAUGCAGUAUCAGGCCUAAAAAAAAUCAAAUUUGUUCACAGCAGAUACAUCUGCACCACUAACUCAUACCAGGAAAACUGAAUUUAAAGGACUGAUAGAGAAUGUCAGAGCAGAUUUUAAUGAGGAAUUUUCUCAAUGGCAUCUCUGUAAAUUACGAAGAUCACCGGGCCUACCCUACUCCAGCGUCCAAGUGCACUUACACCAUAGGCUCCUUUUACGCCAUUUCUCAUUUUUAUCCCUUUGGUUUUCGUGUAGGCCAUUUUAAUUUUUUAAAACUAUUCCCAGGAAAUGGCCCAAAUCUUUGACCAGCUAAGUUUCACCUUCAUCAGAGUUAGCCAACACGGCAACCUGCUAGCUGAAGUCAAGUCCUCGAGGCAGCCGUCAUAGCAGAUUCCUAACCCCAACAUGAAAUCAAUUCGAGAUCUGUGUUGAUAUAGUUUCGGGCGAACAAAUAUAUCAAAAACCUAUAGCAAUAUGUAAGCUAUAGUAGUAACGGUCUUAUACGAUUGUUGACUUACAGUAGUAGAGAAGACGCUGCAGUUUGUGCUUGUUGCUGGCCUCCUGGAAAGUUCUCCUGGUUGUGACGAACAGGGUUUCAUCCGAUCUCUCCGUAUGGUCUGCAUUGGUGGUAAGAUCUCGUCGAGCCAUUCUCGGUUUGGUUGCAAACCCCUGGUUUUCAUCUUUACACGAACGCGGCGCUUACAAGAACCUCGUUCUCUGGAGCUGCCGAAAAGGGGUUUCCAUAGUCAAACAUCCGGGCAUGAACUUGAGCCCCUUUUUGAAUUUUUCGCGGACAACGGAGAUCCGCCGCGCUGUGACGUUCAAAGGAGAAUCGUAAUUUCCUUGGCUCGCCGUCCCAGCUAACACAAAACGUUUCUCACAAUGUUGCUGCAAUUAAGUGGCAAUGUUAUAACACUGACAAACCAUUUCAGUAACAUCGUGAGAACAGUUUGCAGAAUUAACAGUUUGCUGAAUUAACAGUUUGCGUUUUGACUCUAUCCCUGCUUUGUCCUUACUAGGGCAAGCCUCCUCUCUCUUCAUAAGGUAGGCUACUGGUAAAAUAAACGCCAACGACUCUAUCUCUCUUUCUCUGAUGUUUUCAGUUCCCUUGCUUUUGAUGAAACUACCAGCUCACGGCCUAUGAUGAUAUUUACAGUUGUAUUUUAUUUUCUGUUUUUUUAUGUUCUUAAAAAAAAAGCAUUCUAAUAAAAACAUUUUUCCACAAAA